AUGAAUAGGAUCUCUAGCUGGAUGGGAGCAGACCAUGCGGGCGACCAACAGCAGUAUUCGAGUUGGUCGUCUAUGCCUGUGAAUAAUCACCCGUCGUCCGGUCGUCGAGAACAUGCGGUACAGCCUCCGUUAUUGACAACGGCAUUGGGUGCUCCUCAAUUUCAUCCUGCAUCCACUCCUCUGUCGUCUACUUCGCUAUCAAGUCCUUUCACGCAGGCUCAUUCUCCAUACGUUGCUUCUCCUGUGCACGCGAGAUCGACACCAUCUUCCUCGAUGGCAUCUAGGCAGCAGACGUCUUUUAAUGUUCCUUACAACCCUCAAGAAUGGGGGACCGUUGGUGCAGCCUCUGCGCAAGCUGCAUAUUCCCAGGCCAACAGUGUGCAUCGAGUCUCACCCCAGCCACGAAAUCAAUCAGAUGUGCCCGUGUCACCGCCGCCGCCACCUUACUCGCCUCCAAGCAAUCGGAAUCAAAUGCCACAGGAGUUCACUUCGCCAAACCCUAACAUCUCGGUGACACCGACAGUCACGCCACCCCAGCAUUCUUCUCCCGAAAGCAAUAUCAAUAUGAAUGUUGAGUACCAACGACGCUCAGUGCCGCGUCCUCGUCCAGUCUCCGUGAUAUAUUCAAAUGAUCCAGGGCUUCGACAAUCGUUACCUCCUCCGCCUCCACCGCAGGGGAAUCGGUCAGUCUCGCAAAGUCGAAUGGACCAUUACCAGGGCGCUCCUCACAAUUCCGCUGCAUCCCACUCCAGAGCGCGAAUUUCGAUGUCAUAUGAACAAGCCCUUCCAUCGCCGUCAUUGAGAGGCAAUGUAAUGGGUCAAUCAGCCGAUCAGUUGGAGACACCAUCAAGGCCGCCUGCGUCCCGGAGAGCUGCCUCUGCAGGGGCUAUUGUGAGUAGCGCAAGCUCUUCCAGAAACCGCUCUCCCUCGAAUAGUGGUUGGGAACCAGGUAUGCCACUCCCACCGCCUCCUCCAAGGCCUCCUCCGACCGCAAGGGCAGUCAGUGCGAGUGGUUCAUCAGAGGGUUCUUCCACGAGGACAGUUCAGGGCUCAAGUAGGACUCGACCUAGGCCGCCGCCAAUCAUGGGGACUGGACUUGGGAGCAUUCCACCAACACCGGCGGACUGGGUUGACGAGGAGUACAUGAAACACCGACCAAGUAGGGAUCAUGAGCCUCUACAUAUCGAUACAACCACGUCGGUCCCAACGCCGGAUCCAACUGGCAAUCCAGACAUGGAUGAGCCAGAAUACCAGUCACAGAAAACCCCUGGGAGUGGUGGUCUUUUCCGAAGUCCGGCCAUUCGGGAUCCCAGUGCCAAAGGCAUUCGUGAACGGCGAAUUGAGCGUCGAAGCCGCCAAAGUCAGGUCUUCGAGGAUAUGAGUGCAGUGUCUUCCAGUGGUAACCCUUGGGCUGAUGCUUUGGAGCAAAUAAAGCCCUCAAAUCUUAUCUUUCCGGAGCACAGACAAAGUCCUGAUCCAACCCGGCAUCCGACAUCGUCAAGGAAGACUCCUCAAAGCACCCGGAGUGUAGGUUCGGAGGGUCUCCGCACUGCUUCACGGUCUCGGGCAUCAUCUACUAGCCUUUUCUCCGAGCAGUCGCCGCAAUCGACACCUAAGCCGGAACCUAGCGCCGCUGGACCAUCUGCUGCUUUUGCGCAGACACCUCCAUUCUCGCCAGGAGCAUCUUCUUCGACAUUCCAAAGGGAAACACCCCAGGCGAUACCACCAAAAGCACUUCCCACGCCCCCGCUAGGUUCUGCUAAAGAGGCUCUAUCACGCUCUCGCGCCGCCUCCAGAGGAUCAGAGGAACGUCCAGUUUCCCAUAUCCUGCAUCUGCCUAACGACGCCCUAUCUACGAUGAAGCCUCUUUCCCCCCAACGACUGUCAAUUACACAGACUUAUCAGCAGGCAUCAUUGGAAUCAGUCAUCAGGCAAGAGACCGACUUUGUUCGAGACGCGGUUCAAAGGCAUCAGAAGUUCAUCGAACAGGAAGCUGCCGCUCUGAAUGAGGCUGAGGCAAUGAAGGUCUUCACAGACUUCAUCAUCGCUGAGUCUCAGAUACGUCGUGAGCGAUACGCCGCUGUUUGGGAUGCUGAUUCAUUUGGAAUUGACGGAGUGCGCAACAAGCUCUUCGAAAUGCCGCCUCUUGAGGCCAACAUGCCGACAAAGCCAACCAGACCAAUGCCUACUUUGGAAAUACCUUCAAUCCGAGCGAGUCGACCCGAAUCUGCGUGGUGGAAUAACUAUCAACCUUGUCUUUCACCUAUUGCCAGUCUCAGCAUGAGCAACGACGAAAUGAGCUCCCGGGGUCGUGCGCCUAGUCGCUGGUGGGAGUCCAAAACUGGUUCCAGCAGUGAGGAGUGUGGUAGAAAAGUGCAUCGGUCCAAGAGAGAGUCGAAGUAUAUGGGUCUUCCUCGUGACUCCAUGCAGUGGGACCAGGAAAGAACCCCGCCGAAGCUCGACGAGGCGGAUGCAACUUACACCGACCAGUUCAAAGCUUACGGUCCGGACGAGUAUCCUCCGGAGAAAGUCGACUUUCACGAAGAGGCCUCCGCUUACCCCGAUUACGGUGACGGAGAUCGUCGUGAGCAGUUUCGGACGCCUCAGAAGCUGGAUAUCUCCAGACUCAUUACUCUGCCGCCGCCAUAUCCACGCCACUAUCCUGCUGUGAAUAACAGCCACCCAGAAAUGAUAUCCUACCGAACCACUGUCCGCUCAAUUACCGAUCUUACUGAGAUCAAGUCGACCAGACAGCGAUACAAGGACGAUGUGGAGACUAUGGCUCAGGAACAUAAGAUCCAGGUCAAAGACGGCCGUCGCCAGUUCAAGUCCAACAUUCAAAGCCAAAUUCAAGAAGGUAGCCUCACAUUUGCAGAGGCAGCCGAGGCAGAAGCAGCGAUGAUUGCCGACGAGAACAAGCGGGCAAGGGCAUUGGCGAAACGCGAGCUUGAUACUUAUCAAGAGACUGUGCUGAAGCCGAUGGUGGCAAUUCUAAAUGACCGCAUUGCUCGGGCGUCAACCUGUAUCGAUGAAUUGAGUAGCAGGCUUUUCGAUGAUGCGCAACAUGAAACCCCAGACCAGACACAAGAAGAAGGGGAUGAAAAGCCUGAGCUCUUGGAAAAGCUGACACAGCUCAAAUGGUUAUUUGAAGCACGAGAGCAGCUUCACCGCGAAUCGUUCGAGUUGGUCAGUGACCGCGAUGAUAAAUACAAGGUGUUCGCUCUACUGCCGUAUAGACAAAGCCAAAACGAGGACAAGAUUCGGGAGACGCAAGCCUUCUUCGCCAAGGAUACGCUUGACCGACGGGUACAAUACGAGACGCAGGCCUUCUCCCGUCUUGAAUCCUUCAUGGACGUCAUUGAGCAGCACGUUGUACGCGGUGUCGAGAAGCAACUUUCUGCAUUCUGGGACAUCGCACCGUCCCUCCUCGCCCUUGUCCAGCAGAUACCGGACAGUCUGCAUGGUCUCCAAGUCCAAAUCCCAGCUGAUGAAUACCGAGAGAAUCCCAGCUUCUACACGCACCCGCUGCAAUAUUUAUAUACGCUUCUGUCACAUGCCGAAAAGUCGAGCUAUCAAUACAUCGAGUCACAGAUUAACCUGCUUUGCCUACUGCACGAAGUUCGAUCAGCGGUUAUGCGAGCCAAUCGUAACCUUGCGGAGGCAGAGAGGAUCUGGCAAGGCGAGUCGGAAGAGAACGUCCGUCGGGAAAUGCAGGAAGCAAGAGCGGAUGAAGAGGUUGCUCUGACCACCGACCUGAAGGACAAGGUAUCCACUGUGGAAGGCCAGUGGACUGAAGCACUUGGGAGUCAAAUCCAGGGACUUCGAGAGCGAGUGAAAGCCCAGCUCGUUGCGGAAGAUGGCUGGGAAGACCUGGAGCAAUUGGAACAGGAGUGA